AUCCCCAACCCAUUUCUCAUCAUCCUCUUCCAUUUUCUUCUAUUUUCUUCGGUUAUUGACAAGUUUGUAUAAUGAGGAAGCCUUGCUGUGAUAAGCUAGACACAAAUAAAGGAGCAUGGUCCAAGCAAGAAGACCAGAAGCUCAUGGAUUACAUUCGGAAAAAUGGUGAAGGUUGCUGGCGUACCCUCCCUCAAGCUGCAGGGCUCCUUCGCUGUGGCAAAAGUUGUAGGCUGAGAUGGAUAAAUUAUUUACGUCCAGACCUUAAAAGAGGAAACUUUGCUGAAGAUGAAGAAGAUCUUAUCAUUAAGCUUCAUGCACUCCUAGGCAACAGGUGGUCACUUAUAGCUGGGAGAUUGCCAGGGCGUACAGAUAACGAAGUAAAGAACUAUUGGAACUCUCACCUAAGAAGAAAGUUGAUGAACAUGGGUAUUGAUCCAAAUAAUCAUCGGUUGAACCACAUUAAUGUCUCUCGCCCUCAAACCUCGAAUGCCUCCGCUGGUGCAAUGUCUUCUGGUUUAAAAACUCAUGCCAAUCAUCAAUCAGAGAAAUCCCAAGUUGAAAAUUGUGAUCAAGUUUCAGAUGCUGGAAGUUGCUUAGAAGAUGAUUCUUGUGGCUUGCCUGAUUUGAACCUUGAUUUGAUGAUAACUAUGCCUUCUUUGAAUUCACUUGCUGAUGUGGAAGAGGAGCAAAAACUUGUUGAGUCUAAUACAUCAAGCGAACUAGAAUUCACUCAUUCUCCCACGCUUGUUCUAUUUAGAUAAUCAAUUUGUGAAGAAAUUCAACAAGAUUUUCAUCUGUAUUAGGAACUCAUUUUAAUGGUAAGUCUUAAAUUUUUUGAAAGAGAUAAUAAGGAGUGCAAGGAUUUGCGGAAAUUAAGGCAAAGAGUGUUGCGAAAUGAACAAAGGAGAGGCAUCCCCAGGAGUCACUGUCCGUCCCUAGUUUUUAGUUUACAGGCCCAUGAGGUCGUGCACAUUGGGCACAAAGAUCGUAUGUCUGAUUACCUAGAGAGAUUAUUUUCUUGUAAAUUUGACCAUUCAUUGUCGAGAUAUAUAUAUAGUGUCCAUUGUCUCA